CGUACACCCCACUAAGGGUUACGUGUAACCGCAACGCGUAGGGACAGUUGCUUCGGAGGGCCCAGCCGCUGCAGUUGUGCAAGAAAUUUGCCGUCCUACUUGCCUGAACACUGAUCAUGAACGAUGGCAUGGAAAGCUGCGGUUUGCUUACCCUUCCCACGGAGACUAUUAUUCACAUCUUCCGGUACUUGAACCCGGACGAAUUGUUGGCAGUUGAAAGAACUUCUCCUGAGCUCGCACGUCUAGCGCGCAUUGCCUACGCCGUGCACAUCGUGCGUUUCCUUCCACACUACUCAUCAAGCUUCUUUCGCGAGUACAUCGACAAGCACCGGGCAGACGUAAUAUCCCAACUCGACGUCAGUGGCUGUUCGUCAGCCUCUUCAAAAACGCUCGAGGCAUGCAUCGAAUUAUGCGCCAGAUUAACCACCCUGCGCUGUGUCAACACUCGCCUGCUGCCGACUACGUUAAUCCGGCUGCUAAGGACCCGGCUACGCUCCCUGAAAUCCCUCGAGUGGUCUCUACUGGGAAAUAAGCACGUCGGCGAAGACGUACGUCGCUUUCUACAGGGGCCAGUCGUAGGCGAUGCCCACGCAAUUCUGCCGGACACGCUGCGUUCGAUGUACGUAGAAGAAACUUCGUGCGGACGUAAUACUCGUAUGUUGUGCGUCAUGCUCAAGCGCCGCUCCUGUCUCCGCAAGUUGCACUUUCACGAGCGGUUGCUCCGCAAGCGAAACACCACGGCAGCGCACGAUGUGCUCUUGAGCUACCACACUGGAACCUGCGGGAAGUUCACAAUGUUCACCUACACAAACGACAGCGCCGUGCCAGUCCGCGAAGCGAAUCUCAGGGCGCUGUGGAACCGACCGCAUGCAGACAGCCAAGUUUCACCUCUUUUCGGCGUGUUCGACGCAUGUCGUACGGUGUCUUCUAGCGUAAUUGUGCGUCUGAACCCGUCGCUAGCUGGUAACUGCCUGAUCCUGGACGGAGUGAAACCAUUGCGGUUGUCGGAGCUGUUAUCCCAGAUUUCCGUCAUCGUACGCGGCGAUCCUCUUGCAACACUGAAGUCAGCGGCCUGCCAAAGACCUUACUGUCACGUUCAUGCACUCGUGCUCGAAUCCCCUUCAUUGUUGGGGCAGGUACGUUCACGCCAUCAACACCCGGCCAAUGCGGACCCUCUUCUCGCAUUUAUUAGGGGAUUCCCCUUUCUGGCGGAGCUUAAUCUGGCCUCCUUCCAUUGCGAGUCUAACGUGGACUGCUGUUCCAUCCUCGCCGAUGCCGGUCUGGACAAUCUGAAGGCGCUCGCCCUGCCUUCCUGUGCGCUUUGUUGGAACGGGCGGCUUGAGCCUCUUGCCAGGGCCCGCUUCAGACUCGAAGAACUAGACGUGCGCGCUCCGCCCGUUAAACAGUUCACGAUUUGCGCUGUCUGUGCGGUUGCAGUCACGUGUACCGCAGAAAUUUUGCAACCGCUGUGGAAGCUCUGUCCCUUGCUACGUCUCACUCUCUGUAAUCUGUCGCACGUAAGAUCUCUGGUAUUCCUGAAGCGAUGCGUCGUGCGAGAACUGAGGCUGCAGAACUUGCACUCCAGCGCCUACGAGGUGGAAGAAAGCAGGACCGCAAUGAAAGAGGUUAUGCUGGAGGUCCGAAGUCUGAAAUUUGGGAGCACCAUCGCAACUCUGGACCUGUCUUUCCUGGAUACCAGGGCCGUUCCAGCUCCCAAUUUACGGCGGCUGUGCGUCACACUAAAAGAAAUGACAUUUAGCAACGCGCAGGACCUGCUGGACCGCCUGUGCAUCAAAUAUCCGACCGCUGAAUAUAUUCACGUGCACAUCUGUCAUCCAGAGGAAUACCAAGGUGCAAUCACGCUGACCGCCAGGUAUUCCGUAGAACUAGACGGUGACAGGGACGGUGCCCUUCACCUUGAGCCCGUGCUUUCCUCCGAUGACGUGGUUCUGUGCGGCUGCGCCAACCUUGUGGCUGUCACAAGGCCCCGAAACUGUGGACCCCGACGGUUUUGAAUUUCCUGCCUAAUGAAAACCCUACAACUAAAUGUAAGCAAGUGGCUGGCAUCGGUGACGCCACCAUUGGCGGUGCGUUUGAAGUUUCUACCAUGUCCUAGUACUGUAGUUUGUAUGCUGGCAACGUGAUCUGAAUUGCUUUGAUUGAAAAUUAAGGUGGUUAUUGAGUAUUGUGCGUGCAGAAUCCUGUCCAGUCAUCAGUAACAAGCGUGUGUUCGCGUAUGCUUACCACAUGUUAUUAAAUUUUCGUGAUGAUAGCGCUUAUGCGCUGAUUCUACAAUAAACGUAACAAUGCCAUCGUUGUGCUAACAGAGGAAUCGCAAUGGUAUGCACAUGUUUUUCGAGGUCACAACAAUGAAUAAAUGUUGAGCAGACAAGGUAUAAAACUGCUCCCAGAAUUUUGUCUACGCUAAUUUAAUCAGGCAAACAGAAAACCCGAUUACCUUAAAACAAUCGGCACAUUUCAUGCUUAUAUCCGGGUGUAGUUGGCGCAUGGUUAUCUGUAAUCGUAAGUUGCACACAGGUCACCGCUCGCCUUUAAUCUUGAGGAGAAACUGCUGUCCAUAUCGAUUACGACAGGCCCUGCAAAUGCCUUAAGUUUCGUGAAAUAUUUUAUGUAGUGGCCAAUUAUUACAAGCUUUACCUUUGCUCGAAGAAUUUUUCAAGUGUCUAUAGAUACGUUUCCAUUGAUUUCAUAUUGAGCGCCCUUUAAGUUCUUCGUUGCCCUGUCAACGUCCAAUUUUCCUGUAACUAGGGAGCACCUUCACAUAAUUUGACACAUUAGGAGUGCAACAUGGUCCAGCAUAACUUGUGAUCGAUUUCUAAAGUGGUAUUUGGAAGAAACGUCCGUGGAGCAUUUCACAUCAACGCAGCCUCGUCAUUGCUGUUCUCGCUCUGUCAUGAUCUAAAUGUGGCAGGCCAGGUAAUGGCAUGCUGCGAGAAACGCGAUAGCCUUUCUGCACAAUGCACACGACGACGAGGUGGUAUUGAGGUGCGUCGCAGUACCAUGUUUAGGUGUUGCGGGUAGCAUGCUGGGCUUUUCUCUGCGUUGCUCGCCAUGGCUCUCUGUCGUCUGUUUGUAAUCAAAGCUGCUGGCUGACAAAUUUUGACGCGCUGAAGUGACUAGCACAAGAGUGGACACGGAAAACUAAAAAGGCGACAAGGACAAGCGCUCGUCCUUGUCGCCUUGUUAAUGUCCCGUGUCCACUCUUGCGCUAGUCACUUCAGCAUGUAAUACCAACUAGCCUGGUCUCACACCCUGCUUAAGUUUUGACAGUUCGUCUCUUUUACCUCAGCACACUUUUCUUGGAGUAUCGAGACUGCUGUAACUAUCCAUCCCAUAGCGCUUGGGCACGUAAUAGGCACCCUGCUAACAAACACCGUUCAACAAAGCGUAAGCGACACGGGCAUUAAUUCUGAGGCCACAAACAUCCCUUUUGUAAUUGCUUCGGCCGCAUUUGUGAACUACAUUUGCAGACGAACAGGCUAGCAAUACUGGAGAAAGUAUAAAUUGGCACCUGUGCUGUCAUGUGCAACAUUAAUGCCACAUCUCCAUUAUUUCAGUGAUUGUGUCAUGGGAUGAUGUUGUAGGACUGGCGGAGGUGAAACCAUUACCCUAUGUUUCCUCAUUUGCUAUUAUCAGCAGCAGCCAUCACUGCGUCUCAGACGCACUCACUCCCUUUCUUCGUGUGCUUGUUAUAUUUUUUUUUGCCAGUACACUUUCUAAAUUAGUGGUUGCAUUAAGAAAGCCCAGACACGCUCAAUCACUGGUGGAGUUGUAAUGGUGUCAAUAAAAUAGUCGCACGGCA